AUGGAGUUCACCCUGAGCGGCAACGCCUUGAAGACCUUGGCUCGCUCCGUCACCUGCCCUCUCCCGCAUCGGCAACGACCUUGCCAUCCAAGCUUCACCUUCCCAGGUUCAAUGCAGCGUUCUUCCAAAGGUAUAUUGUCAUUGCUCAUCUUUCUAGUAUAUUUGUCAGUUUAUAGCUGUAUUAACUUACCAACGCUUACAAACUACUCUCUGCAGGCUGUCUGUUCUGUCCUUAGAAUGCCUAUUUCAAACAUUGAUUAUUUGAGCGUGCAAUUACCAGACAUCAAUGCAUCAAAAGUUCAAUGGGCUCUGCAGUGCUUCAGUGGCAUUAAGAAAACAUACUGGAUUACUUGCAAUGUUGGCCCCGACAUACAACAAUUAUCUCUGGAUAGGAGAAAAUACCCAAGCAAUUUUGUAGUGAGGCCUCGUGAUCUGAACAGAUUGCUUGUGAAUUUUCAGUCAUCCCUUCAGGAAAUUACUAUUAUCGCAACGGAACGCAACUCUGAUCCUUCUGAUGCUGCAAGUGAAUUUGGUGGGAAAGCUGUCGAGUUUCGAAGCUACAUUGAUCCUACCAAAGAGAAUGACUCUUUGCUGCAUACUCAGCUGUGGAUAGAUCCUGCGGAAGAGUUUGUACGGUAUACUCAUAAUGGCAACCCAGUAGACGUGACUUUUGCUGUCAAAGAGUUGAAGGCAUUUCUUGCAUUCUGUGAGGGAUGUGAAGUGGACAUUCAUUUGUUCUUUGAGAAGGCUGGCAAGUAAGUAAAUUCUGAAUGCUCUUUUGACUCUUGCCUUACUAUCCAUUUUUUUCCAUGCUUCACUUCAAUUUUGUAUAUGCAAGUAGUUCAGAUGCAGCGGGUAGUUGUCAUGCAAUCAGUCCAUAACUGGUUUUAAUAGAUGCAUAAUUGCUAGUUAUCUGCUCAGAAUUUUAAUACAUGCUAACGCAUAGCUUCACAAUCACAAUUGUAAAGGCCAAUGACAAGCUUACUUCUGAGCUGAAUGUCAAGAAACAAGAGACUAUCAUUGAAAAUUUGGUUGGUAGAAUAUAGUGCACCUUCGAAUCGAGUUUGGAUAAUAAUGGUUUAAGGAGGUUUUAGUUCGGAUGAGAAAUGGUUUAUUUAUUGAGUUUAAUGCAAGGUGCUAGUAAAGUAUGCCGGCUAAGAAUAUCAGUGCAAUAACUUGAUGGUUAAUGUAAAUAUUUUGACUUUGCUUUUUUGGUACUAAAUUCGUGGUUUUAAGCACAACAUCUCUGCUGUCUGUCAUAGGGGGGCUUAGGUGCAACUAAAUGCAAAGUAGAUAAGAAUAAAGAACUUGAUACAACUGAAUGUUUUUAUGCAACAGGCCUAUUUUGAUGGCCCCUAAAUUUGGCAUUGAUGAAGGGGCCUCUUCUAAUUUUGAUGCUACACUUGUACUGGCCACCAUGCUUACAUCCCAAUUACAUGAAGGUACUUUUGGACCUUCAGCAAAUGAAGUGCCAGGCCAGGCCGAUACUGUGGAAGCUUCUGGAGAACAGCCAGAGAGGAAUAGAACAAGUGCUUCCGAGAUUCCAUCAAAUCAUACCAGAAUAUGGUCUGAA